CCCCCCCCUCUCUCUCUCGCCAUUCUUGAAACAAAUUUUCUUACUUUCCAAAAUUUCUUCAAGGAAAUGACACACAGUCGUGCAACCUUUGACGCCACCUUACCACUCCGCCAAUAUGAUCAACAGGUAAUUAAUGAGGUGUGCCCCUAUAAUGACCCUUGUAUCUCAUGUUUGUUAGAAGGAAUCCGUGGCUUGAAUUUUGGAAUCUUGAAGGAUUGCAGCCUCAAGCUUCUUCCUCCUCACACCAACGACACUCCCAAACACACUCAUGUGAUCACGUAUUCUCAUACAAAAUAAUACCCAGAAAAUGAAGAAACAACACCAAACACAAGACCAACAACAACAGCUCACGAAGCAGCUCCACACCUCUCCGAGCCUCCUCCAAAACCUCGUCAUCUACUUCCUCUUCUUCGGCUCCGGCCUCGUCGUCGGCCUCACGCUCACCUUCUACCUGCCCCCGAGCCUCCAGUUUGCACAAUUCUCCUCGGGCGCCAUUGCAACAACAACAACAACAACAACGACAACAACAGCAACAACGCCGUCUCCUCCUCCUCCUCCUCCCCCUUUGCCCCCGCCCCCGCCACAGCAGCGGGCGGGGCUGAGGGAGUAUCUUCGGGUGGAGAGCAGCGCGAUGCACGACAUGACGGAGGCGGAGCUGCUGUGGCGGGCGUCGAUGAAGCCCAAAAUUCAAGAAUUUCCGUUCAGGCGGACGCCGAAGGUGGCGUUCAUGUUCCUGGCCAAGGGGGAUUUGCCGCUGGCGCCGCUGUGGGAGCUUUUCUUCAGAGGGCAUCAAGGAUUGUAUUCCAUUUACGUGCACUCGCAGCCUUCUUACAAAGGAGCCUUUCCGCAGGGUUCGGUUUUUCAUGGGAGACGGAUUCCCAGCAAGGAGGUAGAAUGGGGGAAGAUCAACAUGGUGGAAGCUGAACGCAGGCUACUCGCAAACGCAUUGCUAGAUUUGUCAAACCAACGAUUCGUGUUGCUGUCGGAGGCGUGCAUCCCUUUGUUCAAUUUUCCGACGAUCUACAGCUACCUAAUGAAAUCGAGGACGUCGUUCGUUGAGUCGUAUGACAAGGAGGGGCCAGUGGGGCGAGGGCGCUACGACCGACACAUGAUGCCUCAAGUGACGCUUGAGGAGUGGCGGAAGGGGGCCCAGUGGUUCGAGAUGGACCGCGAGCUAGCCCUCGAGGUCAUUGCGGACCGCGUCUACUUCCCUCUGUUCAAGAACUACUGCAAGCCCGCUUGCUACUCUGAUGAACACUACUUGCCCACCAUGAUCACCAAGCACUUCCCUUUUAAAAACGCCAAUCGAACUUUGACUUGGGUCGAUUGGUCCCGGGGUGGGCCCCACCCCUUGAAGUUCAUCCGGGUCGAUGUCACGCCUGAGAUGCUCAACCGGAUGCGGACCGGCACUGAGUGCAUCUACAACGGCAGGCCAACCAAUAUUUGCUACUUGUUUGCUAGGAAGUUCACGGUCAAUGCUUUAGACCGAUUGUUAAGGUUUGCACCAAAGCUCAUGAAAUUCUGAUUUAUAAUACCGCACACACACAACCAUCUUCCUACCAUACAUCAAAAUUAGUUAUUCUUUUGAUUGAUUAUAGUUUCUA